AAAAUUGAUACACCGUUGUCAUUGACAUUGCGCUGCCUUUUUGUUUUAACAAGAGGAAAGAAAAAAACUUCAUUCACAUAAGGGGAGAGAAGAGAAGGAUGUGGUUGUUCAGCAGAAAGGGAGCAUCUGGGUUCUCAGGUUCUUCAACAGCUGAGGAAGUUACUCAAGGAAUUGAUGGCACUGGUCUUACUGCCAUUGUUACAGGAGCCUCAAGUGGCAUUGGCACUGAAACAACUCGCGUUCUUGCAUUGCGUGGUGUCCAUGUCGUUAUGGGGGUCAGGAAUAUGGCAGCUGGUCAAGAGGUAAAAGAGGCAAUAGUUAAGGAAAUCCCGACCGCUAAAGUUGACGUGAUGGAGUUGGAUCUAAGUUCAAUGGCAUCCGUAAGGAAAUUUGCAUCAGAGUUCAAUUCUUCCGGCCUUCCAUUGAACAUUCUAAUAAACAAUGCAGGAACUGCAGGCCCAUACAUGCUUUCCAAAGAUAACAUAGAGAUGCAGUUUGCGACAAACCACUUAGGUCAUUUUCUUUUGACAAGCUUGUUGUUGGACACGAUGAAGAAAACAACGCAGGAAAGUGGCAAAGAGGGAAGGAUUGUAAUCGUCUCCUCAGAGGGUCACCGAUUCACAUAUCGUGGAGGAAUUCGCUUUGACAAUAUCAAUGAUAAAUCAGGGUAUAGCAGUCCAUUCGCUUAUGGCCAAUCAAAGCUUGCUAAUGUUUUGCAUGCUAAUGAGCUUGCACGACUUUUUAAGGAAGAUGGGGUGGACAUAACUGCUAAUUCGCUUCACCCAGGAGCAAUUGUCACCAAUAUUUUCCGUCAUAGCAGCUUUCUUUCUGGACUGGUUAAUAUGGUUGGCAAAUACGUGCUUAAAAAUGUUCAGCAGGGAGCUGCAACCACAUGCUAUGUGGCAUUGCAUCCACAGGUGAAGGGGGUGAGCGGCCAAUAUUUUUCUGACUGUAACAUAGCCAAGCCCGGCGCACAGGCCAAAGACCCCGAAUUGGCCAAGAAACUCUGGGAAUUCAGCAUGAGUUUGAUUUCAGAAUGACUUUGGUUAUAUAUUUUACUUAUUUAACAAAUAAGUGCAGUUGGCACAGGCAUAAGAAUGGAGGUCAAUCUUUCAAGGAACUUUGUUUUUUCCAUUUAGACUCAAUAGGGUUGGGACUUGGGCAUGGGUUGUCUCUUAUGGGUCAUAUAAUUCUAGUAGACAAUCAAAGAAGGAUGUGAAUAAUGCCAAUUCUGACUUUAAAUUGUGGUUAUAUGAAAUAUAUCAAAUUAAUUUUCUCAA